UGUAUUUUUGUUUGGGCCAGCAUUUUGUGGCAAGGAAUUAAAUUUAAAAUAAAAAUUGCAAGUUCCGAAGAUUUAAUGGACUCUACAAUAUCGGUAUCCAAGGGCGUGUUCGUGUUCAAAAACGGAGCCACCAAAGCAAAAACCCGUCGGAAAGCGCAAAAGUGCAACAGCCUGCUGGACCGCACGACAGCAAGUGCCUUGUGGUACCGGAGCUAUGAGACGCUCUGGACCAAGGUCCGCGAUCAGCUGGACAAGCUGCUGUCCGGCAGUUACGAGAAGAUUUUGGACGAUUUGCUGAGCUUCGUGGAGGGAUGCUACCAAAGUUUGGAGUACAGUGGCGUUCUGCCCACGGCGGCCCUGCUAACCGGCAUCAAUCAGAUCGAUCACCUGGCGCAGUUAGAGGCACUGGCGGGAAAUAUUAGGAACAAUACGUUUUCGUUGGUGGUUCUGCUGCAGUCGCGGGAUUGUCCCAGCAUGAAGGCCGCAGUAGAGACGUUGGUGUCCGGGUUUGUCGAGGAGAAGGAGGAAGAUAGCGAGAGUAGGCGUCUGAGAAGAAAUCAGCUGAAUUUGGGGGUGCUGCGGGCGUGGUAUCUGGAAAAGUAUCAGCAGAUGGACCGGAAGCCGAAUCUGGCGAUUAUAGUGCCGGAUUUUGAGUUGUUUGGACCGGAGGUGCUACAGGAUUUGAUUUUGGUUUUGAAUUCAUAUGCAGCGGAGUUGCCGUUUGUGCUGGUAUUCGGAGUGGCCACGUCGGUUGCCACGAUUCACAGUGUGCUGCCAUAUCAUGUGACCAGCAAGAUCAAACUGAGUAUAUUCCAGUCGGAACCGUCGAUAGUUAAUUUGAACAAGGUCCUGGACAGUGUCCUCCUGACGCCCUACUGUCCGUUUCAUCUGUCCGGAAAAACGUUCAAGCUGCUGACGGACAUUUUUCUUUUCUACGAUUUCUCAGUGAAGGGAUUUGUGGAGGGGUUUAAGUACGCUCUGAUGGAGCAUUACUUUCAGGGUACGAUCUACGGACUGUGCAGUGUGACCAGUGACCGUGAGGAAUUGGAGGAAGCAGUUGAUCAGCUGAGUGCUGCCGAUUUGGAGAGCAUCCGACAGUUGCUGUCGUUCCGACCGCUGAUCGAGUCGUUGGACAAUCCCCAGGAGGUGAUUGAUUUUCUCACCAAAGACGAUUACUUGCGGCGGAUGUUGCCAUCGAUUCUGCUGGAGGUCCACAACUUUUGGUUCACGUUUCACUGCACGCUUGAGAUGAUGCAGGUUUUGGUACAGGACCUACCGAGGACUCCUUUGGGGAAGCAGUUGAGAGAGUUGUACGGUCAAUGUAUAUCGACGGAUGUGACCCAAAGAGUCGAGUUCCGGGAGUGUAUGCAGCUGGUAUCGUUCAUGUCCAAAGAGGAGAUUCUCGCUAAAGUGGUCAAGAUGAUGGAGGUUAUUCAGAAGUACAUGGAACGAAACGACGAGGCGACCAUUCGUGGGGAAACCAUUUUUGAGGUUGAUCUUUUGGAGAAGAUUAACACCGAUUUGGAACGAUUUGCCAAUGAGAUUGUCAAAGCUGGAAUGGAGCGAAUGGCGGUGGACGCCGAGGAGACGGCGGCAAGUUUGAUUGUAUCCCCUAAGAUGAAUCGGCAAGAGCUGAAAGAGAGACUGUUGAAUGCAGCACGGCAACCGAGAAUGGAAUCGCCCUUCUUUAAAUCUGUUGGCAAUUUGGUAUCCUAUCUGACGGAGGAAGUCUUCCGGAAGUACCUUCGCCCAUUCAACCGGGGCCCGCCGUUGAUUGAACUGUUCGUGUACAGUGACUCGGCAACGAUCCGAAGGCAUAUUGUGGGAGUGCCACGUGCAGCGGUACACACGGCACUCAACAAUCCCCAUUACUAUCUGCAGUGUGAGUGCUGCGAGCUGGACGAGGAUUGCAGUCUGGUUCCGACCCUGCCGGACCUGUCGGUGGCGUACAAGCUGCAUCUGGAGUGCGGACGAAUGAUUAACCUGUUCGAUUGGCUGCAAGCCUUCCGCACGGUGGUGGACGAUGGCAGUUCGGACGACCAGGAGCGACAGGUGGAUCCCCAGAUACAAGCACGUUUCACCCGUGCAGUAGCAGAGUUGCAGUUUCUCGGUUACAUCAAAACAUCCAAGCGAAAGACCGAUCACGUCGCGAGGUUGACCUGGUAA